ACAACCGCCGACGCCAUCUCAGGACACGGGAAGUCUAUCGGGUUUUUUUAGCAGCAGAAACAAUUAAAGUCCCACAAGUUUGCUCUCAAUAACUUCUGAUACGACAAAAUCACGUUAUAUUCGUGAAGUAUUCCUUUGUGUGUGAGACAGGAAGUGUAUUAUCCACUCGCGAAGAAGAAGCUUAGUUAGCUAGCUAGCUAGCUGUUAGCUUGUGACGUUGUUAGCUAAAGCGACGUAACUGCGGAGGAAUUUUACAGUCUGUUUAUGUUUUCGCCAGUUCAAAGAAAUGUUGGACGGAUCUCCGGCUCAAGUCGAUGAAGCUAACAUCGGCAACGUCGAAAACAACAACCCGAUAUCGUUGAUUUCCAGCAGCGAUGGGCUGAACACGGGCAACAAGACGAGGCAGACUAUGCUGAAGAAAGGAGGGAAGAAGCUGCGGUCGACGACGCCGCUGCAUCUCCAGAAACCCCCGAGAAACAACGCCAACAUCCGCCUGUGCGACCACAACAACAACAACACCUCGAUAGCUCCCGCAGCUCAGCCCGGUACCGAGCUCCACGACGAGCCACAGCCCGGUCUGACCCUCCAUCACCUCAAACAGGGAGCCAAGAAAGAGCUGCUGAAAUCCAGAGGUGGCAGAUUGGAGCGAGGGCCCACGCAGCCGGGUGGCCAGCCUGUCCGCAUCCUGCCCAGACACGACCAGACCACCCAGAACGUGAUCACACGGAGCCACAAGCCCAAGCAGGGCCAACCCGCCGGUGCUUCUCCCUCCACAAAGAAGAAAGAUAACAGCAGCCCCAAGCAGCCUCCACUCCGAGAGCAGAAAAAACCCCUCCACGUCUCCAACAGCGUCAGGAUCGUGAACACGCCGCCUGCUGAAGCUGCGCCCGAAUACCUCAAAGAUGGCGACAAGGUCUACGCUGGAGCCAAGUUCAGUGAGCCGCCCUCACCCAGUGUCUUACCCAAACCGCCCAGUCACUGGGUCGGAGAAAACGAGCCUCAACAGAGCAACCAAAGCAGAGAGCAAAUGACUGUUCACUUAAAGUCGCUGCUGAAGGUUCAAGAUAAAUCAUGACCACGUCCUGGAGGUUCCAGUUGGAGCUGGUCCGUCUGGUCUCUGGUUUACACCGAAUGCCAACAAUUGGAAAAUUAGCAUUGAUUUAAACUGAUUUUGGCCUUUAACACACUGCAAUACAAUGUAGGGAGUUUUUAUUAGCUGCAGUACAGUUUCCCAUAAUUCAACAUGCUGCCUGCUUUUGUGAACAUCUUGGAACGUCGUGACGUUCCUGGAGGUCUGGCCGACUUGCUGUCUGCUUUUAUUUCUGCCCUCUCGUUGGCAGAGGGGAGGGAAAAUAAUAAUAAUAGUUGUUGUGAUUGAAUUUGUGAGCGAACUAACUGUGAGGAGGUCGACUCGUCUCCGGCAGCAGCGCCAUCGCUGUCUCGUGUUUACAUGACGUAAAGCGACCGCGGCACUUUCUCCGUGAACACUUUUGAAAAGGCAGCCGUGUGAUGAUUGACUUUUUAAAGAGCUUGUGUAAAUGUACAUAAUAUAUUGCAAACAUAUAUUUGUGUAUAUUUUUCCUUUUAACUGAGAUUCUAGUUUUGUUACUGAGGUUUUUUUCCAAAAAAAAAAAAGAAAGAAAAAAAUAUCCCCUGCAAACUGAGGCACUUUGUUUCUCUCCUCCAGUGAGGCUCAGUGGAUGAAAGACAGACUUUUCAUACUGAUUUGCACUGAAAACUAAAACUGGGAAGGGCAGGAAAGCUCGUUUUGUUGUUCCAAAGCUUGACCAGCCACUUUGAUGAAUAUCACCAGCCAGCUCAAAGCACAGGGGAGGAUUUCCAGGUCCUGGCUGGCUACCUUUCAAAAUGGCUCGGAUAGCGGACAAAUCGAAAGGCCACGUGAGAUUUUACCAGCUGGCGGCUGAAGUUCUUUCCGUUUCCUGAACACGGGUCCAGCCGGUGGAAAGCCGACAGUCAAAUCAGGACUGUGAGCCUCAGCGAGCCCAAGAGAAGACAACAAUGUGAAGAGUCUCACUACCAGCUGCUGCAGAAAGCCAGUAUCCAGCAUCCAGAGUGCUCUUCUUUUUUAACUCCAUUUCACUGACUGACAGUUUGUUCACAUCAAGCUGCCGAUUACAUUUAAAACUGCAUCUUCUGCUCGCUGUUUGGGCCGUCCGUCCGCACUAAGCCGGCGUUCUAAACGCUGAAAAGCAAACGUUUCCAGAGUGGUGAAUCUUAAAAUGUGCGUUUGGUGUUUCAGUGUGUUCGGGAAAAGCCGAACUUGUGCAAAAGGAUGUCGUAAGCCCUCCCAGACACGGUUGGGAAAUGUGCGGCAGUAAAUCAAGUCUUCUGCCGCUUCAGCUCUCCGUGAUCAGUCAUUUUAAAUGUGUGUGUGGACGACCACCAGCACAGCCGCUGUCACACUCAUGAUGAGAGCUCGCCAGAGUAAUCAGUCGAUAGCCAGAGAAGUGAUCUGCUUUGAUAAUUGUUUGAGUUAUUGUCUGAGCAGCUUUUCAGAUAUGAGGAUUUGCUGCCUUUUGUCUGUUUUUAAUGGAUUUUGGACUGUUUGAUGGAUGAAACGAGACGUUUCAGUUCGUCGCUUACUGUAGGAGAACAAUAGGAAACAGCUGAUUAAUCAAUAAUGAAAAUAGUCAUUAGUUGUAGCCUUGAUCAGCACCGGAGUGCAUUUAAAUGUAGUGUUUUAUGAGCUGUGACCAAAUCAUUAUCAUGUCCUCAUUCCAGUAUGUGACAGUUAGAGACAGAUCAGUGUGUUUCACAGUCAGUGAAUUCGUCUGCUUUCAGAGACGAUGCAGGUGAUCACGAGAGAGCAGGAGGGACAGAAAGGACGUUUAAAGAGCUCAGACUGAGCACCGUUUGUCCUACUCUUCACCACAUGUUGCAGAAUGAAAACAGGAUGAAGAAGAAGAGAUUAAGCUGUUUUUUCUUCAGUGCGGAUGAAGAGUUCAACAACAUGGAAACGUUGGCAUAGUGAAACUGUUUUAAAGUCGCUCGGCUUCGUGUGGACGAAGUCUUACUUUGUACAUUAUGUUUUUUAAAGGUGACCUGUUUUCACACAGCUUCGUUUCACAUACCUCUUCUUUACCCUUUCCUUCCUCCAAGAUACUCAGAGUACAGUGUGUGUUGAAUGUGGCUCAGAUGACCUUGUGAUGUGUUUUUUUAUUAUUUGAAUGGUUUCUGUGGAUGCAGGCAGCUGCUGGAUCUCCUCUCUUGACCUCUGUGACGUCACGUAAAUGGAAAAUUGUAUCACUGUAGCGAAAAAACUGCCCAUUUUAUUGCAGUGUUUUGAAAUUAUUUAAUUCCAGUUAUGAGAUUAUGCUUAACAACACAUCUCCUUGUGACAAUUUGGGAAAAGUGUUUAUUUUAUGAAGCCUUUCACGUCGACGGUGCCUUGCGCAAGUGUUCGCCCCCUUGGACUUUGGAACAGUCCAGAAGCUGAAUCCUUAUGGAAGGCACUGUAAAUUCAAAAUUAUAUUAAAAUAUUGGUUACCCCUA